AAACUGCAGUCAUCUCUUAAAGUCGGCAAAGAGCUAUAAAUGUGACAAAGCUGUUCAAACACACUUAAACCUCAGAGGGUCCUAAGAAGGAAUUGAGAGAAGAAUUGAGAUCAAGAUGAUGCUGGGAACAUCAAGACCCUGCAGCUUCCUUUGUCCAGGUGUCUGGAUUUUGACCAUAGUUUUGGCCGGAGCUGGAGGAGAGCAAGUGCUUUGUCCUGAUGUACCCCGUCUAACUGGUCCUCCUGGUCCUCCUGGUAUUCCUGGUCCUCCUGGUUUUCCUGGUCCUCCUGGUCCUCCUGGUAUACCUGGUGCACCAGGUAUACCUGGUCCUAUGGGUCCCCCAGGACCACCGGGGGUACCAGGCCCAAGCGCACCACCAAAAUCUGCAUUUUCUGCAAAAGUGGGCAAAAGCUAUCCAGUACCUAAUCAGCCGAUAGGAUUUCAAAAUAUUCUAUACAACGAGCAGCAAGUCUUUGAUGAGUCAUCUGGCAUAUUCACCUGCCAAAUCCCAGGAGUCUAUUAUUGCACCUACAACCUGGAGGGACACCAGAAUUCACAUAUGAUCCUGGCAAGGAAUGGUCCAGAGGUGAAAGCAUCCGAUCAGAAGACCUCAGAUGCUUAUGAAAACCUGUCGCAAAGUGAAAUCCUUCAAUUAGAGAAAGGAGAUAGGGUGUGGUUGGAUGCAGAAGAGGCUUAUGAUGGGAUAAGAGAAGGAAGCUAUUUUUUCUGCUUUCUCAUAUAUGACUCUUAGAUUAUGCAGUACUCUGCAUCCAAAUGGCUCGCUUCAUAAUUUGUCCUGCAAACAUUUGGCUAGAUGGUUUGUUUUGAUUCCCUAAUCUAUAAUAGGUACACUUAGGGAUGGGGAAGAAUUCUAAAUGGGAAGCUAGGAAGAAGGACUCAUUGGACAUCGGAGUAAACAUGCCUAGGAUGCAGUUGGGUUAUGGCUCACCAAUGGCUCAGAGGUAUUGUUUUACAAUUUUCAUAUAAACAUGAAAGCAGAACAUGAAGUGUGCAUGGAUUUCCAUGAAGUUCAUUAGAAGGCUACUGCUUCUACUGUAUAUUUAUGAAUCAAAAGGAUGUGCUUCACAUUGUUUCCACAUCUGCAUAGGUGCAUGCAUGUAAUCAUUUGUUUAAAAUUAAAGUUGUGUCAUAAAA